AUGUCCUCCGUCAGCGACAUCAGCUCUGUCUUCGGCUCUUUCGCCCGCCCUCCCAUCCCCAAGGGCCCCAGCAUCGAGAUCAAGCUGGACAACCACUACAACUCCAAGGUCUACUCUUCCGGCUCCCCGGUGGCCGGCGAGGUCACCAUCACCCCCUGGAAGGACACCCGUUUCGACUUUGUCUCCAUCGUUCUCAUCGGCCACUCGCGCACCCGCCUCGACGCUGCGCAGAUCGCCCAGCACUCCUCGCACACCUUCCUCAAGCUCAACAUGCCCAUUCCCGCCUCGGCCUACCCCGUGCCCCGCGUCUUCGAGGCUGGCCACAAUCGGAUGCCGUCUAUGACCAGCACAUGCGUCUGCCCGCCUCGAUGGGUGCCUGGGGCAAGGGACGACAUGUCGCCCCAGAUGGCGCGCGUCGAGUACAUGGUCAAGGCCCGCGUCGCCGAGAUGCCUGAGCUUGGCGGCCGUCCGAUCAAGGUGAUGGAGGAUCACUACCACAUCAACGUGCUCCCCAUCUCCCCGGAGGACCCCCCUCUGAACAUCACGUCUGAGGACAAGGGCUAUCGCCUCACCAAGGCCAAGACGCUUCGAAAGAACAUUUUCACGGCCAAGCAGGGCCGCAUCAUCGCCAAUGCCAUUCAGCCUCCAGCCAUCCGCCUCGGUGCCGACGGCCGUACUGCCUCGGAGACAUCCGUCACAGUGAACCUUACUUUCGAGCCCACGUCGCCCGAGAUUGUGCCUCCCAACGCCAGCCACGUCUCGGCCAAGGUCCACGCGGCAACAUGGUUCAGCGCUGCGCCCAUCUCCAGCCUGCCCAACAUGGGCGACGCUCGCCACAGCUACGCGGCGCUGCCCCAGCUGAGCUACUCGACAUCUGUAUCACUCUUCUCGGAUGAUCUCGAGAAGACCCAGUGGCAGAUCCGCGCCACGAACCCGUCGCGCCGCGGACCUCUGGCUACUCCAGCGAGGGCCAGCCCGACAGCAACUCGGACUCGGACCAGCCGUCGAGCCGUCGCAGCAGCAAGUCGGCGGCUUCAGGCAAGGCACCCGUCUUCCAUGAGAACGGCACUUCACAUUCCCGUCCAAACAUACUGUGGAAAGAGAUGCACCAAUGAUUAUAUUCGCCCGAAGCUGUCAGUAUACCUUGGUAGGGGUAUAAGGGGGCUACGUAUCGAGAAGAUGAGCCUCGCUCCCAGGGCGAUCUUUCUCAAUGGGCCCGACGUCGGCAGGGGUGUUGAGGAUGCCUACUGGGUUUCAAUGCCGGUUGCGGGUUUGCGCCUGCUGGUCGCGGAUGCUUGGUGCGGGCCGGCAACCAGCCAGCCAGCCAGCUCGGGAUGGCGACAUGGUGAUUGGGAGGUAUAG